AUCAAUCAAUCAAUCAAUCAUUCUCUUAAAACAAUUUUAAGUUUUCUCACACAAAGCCGCAUCGUGGUUGUAUAAUUUGAUAUAAAAUUUAUUUUAGUAGAUUAUUAUCAUUCCUGAAAGAAGAUGGCCUAUGUGUAUCAAGUUAGUGACGGUGUUACGAAGGAAUUAGUUCGCCCUGGGAAUGGAAUAAUUCCUCAACGUGGUCAGACGAUUACUGUUCAUUGCACUGGAUGCCUAGCCAAUCCUUUGAGGAAAUUUUGGAGUACCAAAGAUCCUGGUCAACAGCCAUUUACAUUUCAAGUUGGAUUGGGCAAAGUCAUUCGAGGUUGGGAUGAAGGUUGCCUCACAAUGCAGUUAGGAGAAAUUGCAAAGAUUCUCAUCAGAUCUGACAAAGGGUAUGGAAGUCAAGGCUUUCCUGCUUGGGGUAUCACUCCCAAUGCUGAUCUCCUCUUUGAAAUUGAAAUUCUUGCAAUUCAGUAAUCCUAAUCUUUCUCCAUGUGAUCUACUGUGUAGAUCAAUUUUUUGCUAAUUUGUUUUUGUGUUAAUUGGUGUUUCAUGUUGAAUAAAAUCAUUCCAUGCUUAAA